ACUUCUCUUUUAUUCGAAUUAUUUUAGAAGAAUGGGCUUUUACUGCAUUAAGAUGACGUUGUCGUUGCUUUUUCUCCUUCUCUCCGCAAUUUUUCCUCAUUUAGUAAUCACUGAAACAAACGUUAGGAAAGAUGAAAGUUGUACUGUUAGCCACGCGACACCCGUGUUAGCGGCUCUCGAAAAAGCAGUGUUAUUUUACAAAGAAAAUGGCAAAGAUUUAAACCUAGACGCAUAUUUUGGUCUUCGUAUCGCUGAAGGUAUUUUACAUGAGUUAAUCCGACAAAAGAAAACUGCUACAGCAUUGAUAAAGUCUUGCAUCCUCAAGAAAGUCGUUCAACUUCAGCAUUUAGUCUCUCAAAUUGUUUCAAAAUCGAUGGCUUCACUGAGGCGCAGAGAUAGGCAUUACUUCAAAAUGGUUGGAUACACAGUGUCACAGCCCUGGCUAACAAUAAAAAAGUAUAAGAAAAUAAACCCUAAACUCGUAACACCGUUCGACAAUAAGAAACUUUCAGAUGACAUUCUGCAUGAGUAUCAGCCCUGCCUGGCCAGGUUACUUGGCAGUGCCUUAUAUGGGAGUAGGCCGUGUGACAUGCCUAAGGAAUGCUUGGAAGUGAUGAUGCGACCGGGAGAGGUUGGAUACGUGCUGACACAUCAAGCACUUUAUUUCAUGUUUGGUGAGCAAAGAGGAUGCCUGUAUGAGUUCUCAAGAAAGAUGAAAGAGUUCAGAAGCUCUGUGGAAAAAGUAUACGACAAGAUUUGCUCCAAUAUUUACACUCAGCUGUUAUUGGUCGAACAAGUUCGUCCUUUCAAGCGGAUCGACGCUGAUUUAAUGAUGGAACAAAGUGUUGUGUGUGGCCUGCUUGGAUACUUUGAGUUCUUAACCCCUCAUCGGUUGGCGAUUAUUAAAAGCUGGCAGCGACCGAAUGGUUGUUAUGGAGAAAUCGAAAAUGAGGAGGAAUUAAAUAGAAAACAGGGCUGGAAGACAAUGAGGAAAUUGCUUGUGGGGAAAGAAUUGUCUGAUGGAUGCGAGUCACACAUCACUGGAGUUGGCACAGCCCUACUGUCAAUUUACCUUCGUUUCUUAAUUGAUAACGAGCAGCUGGUGGUAAAUUCAACCAAAGCUGGCGAAUUCUAAGAACUAAAGUCAUUGGUAAAAGGCUUCCUCGUCUCUCCUCUUUGACCCUCCUUCAGCUCGGGGAAGGUAUACGGGCUCAUUUCCUGAACAACGGAUAGUUAUCUCGACUCCACCUCACCACCCACAUCACAAUGUCGGGUUUUCAUUAUUUAGUUUUAUUAAUAAAAUUCAGCAUUGGUUGGGAAGUGUGGAUGGAAGAUAGAGGCGCUUGUUUAGCUUAAAAAAAGUGAUUGAUAAUAAAUAAAAGAAAGCAGUCCCAUAUUUUCAAUGUCUGAAGCAUUGAUUGACUCAAGCCAUCAAAUUAUCGAGCCGUCUAAUGCUCUCUUUCAAGCGAUUUAGGUAUUAUUAGAACGAUUUUUGUGGUAAACUGUAGUCUUCAGCAACCGUUAGGGUUUCAAAGAUACGUUUUGAGCAAUUUUUCUACUCCAUUACGUAAAUGUCUCAGAGCUUAUUAAUCGUUUAAUGAAUAUAACGGAUUAUAACCGAUCAUUAAUUUACGCGCGACUCUAAGCAAAAUCACAGGACAGUUAUCAUUCAAUUCAUAACCCAUUUACGUUGAUAUUUGUCCUCCGAGAAAUAAAGCCAGCAAAUA